CACGGUGGAGCCCCGCAGUGGUGAUAAACAGAACAAGUCAGCGAGCCAGCACAUCACAGCUCAGCAGCACACGUACACGAUGCAUGCACAUGCACCAUAUUUCUUGCUUUUUUUUUUUAACAUGUAAAUUCUUCUGCCGCAGCAUCCAGUGCGCAUUACACGCGUUACAAGGUGCAACGCGCGCGCACACGGAAGAAAAAGUAUGAAUGUGGGCUGGUCUGGAUGUGGUGACGCUCACACGACGGUGGAUAAUUCCAAACACAUCGUCGUCAUGCGAAUACAAUGACUGGAAGGUUUCUCGAGAUGGCAUUAAGAGGACCUGUUAAAGACACAUCCCAGCCCGUCGGAUCGUCGCUGUAGCCACCUCUAGUUGAAGACUCCAUGUAGGAACGUCUGCUCUUCUUGGAUUCCAGCUGCAAGUCAAAUCCACAAGUACAGAGUAAUGUCCUCGGCAGCCGUGCACAGAAUCCUACGACCACUUUUUUGGGGCACCUUCAUCCUCGGGUGCUUCGUGACUCUCUUCUUGAUGUAUUUUAAGCCGUCCACCAGCUGGCUGUCUGGUCCCGUGGAGUCCAACGUGUCCAGCGAGCAUGUCAAGGGCGCCUUCUACUCCAAGGUUGACCGCAACAUAACCACGGUGCUCAUCUGGUUCUGGCCUUUCGGAAAGACGUACGACCUGAGCGUGUGCCCGUCGGUCUUCAAUAUCGACGGCUGUUUGGUCACGGCCGACCGGAACCUCUACAACAAGUCAGACGGCGUUCUUAUCCACCACCGGGACAUCAGCUCCGACUUGUCCAACCUGCCGCCGCUUCAGCGUCCGUCCUUCCAGAAGUGGGUCUGGAUGAACCUGGAGUCACCGUCACACUCUUCCCAACUGGCCGGCAUCGAGAACAUCUUCAACCUGACGCUCAACUACCGUCGCGACGCCGACAUCGAAGUGCCUUACGGCUCCUUGUUGGCCACCGAGAGCGAGGGCGACUUUGUCCCGCCCAGCAAGAACAAGCUGAUCUGCUGGAUCGUGAGCAACUGGAACCAGGAGCAUGUGCGCGUCAAGUACUACAACGAGCUGUAUAAGCACAUCGAGGUGCACGCGUACGGCCAAGCCUUCGGCGAGUACAUCACGGACCAGGACUUCUUUCCCACCAUCGCCAGCUGUAAAUUCUACCUGGCUUUUGAAAACUCCAUCCACAAGGACUACAUCACCGAGAAGUUCUACAACCCUCUGGCCGCGGGCACCGUACCCGUGGUGCUGGGCCCGUCUCGACAGAACUACGAGAACUUUGUCCAGGGGGACGCCUUCAUUCAUGUGGAUGAUUUCGCUUCGCCCAAGGAGCUGGCCGACUACCUUCUGCUCCUGGACAAGAACGAGGAGAUGUAUCUCAGAUACUUUGAGUGGCGGCGGCACUUUAAGGUGAAGACAUCAAUGUUCUGGGCUGAGCACACGUGCCUGGCCUGCGACUACCUGCGCAGGCACAGGGAGUACAAGACGGUCAAGAACCUGGACAAGUGGUUCUGGGGCUGAGCCAGCUUGUGAAGGCUUUUUGACUUGGAUUCAUUGCCCCCCCCCCCCCCCCUCACUGCUUGCACUUCUUUUUUUUGUAUUGAUUCAGUGAUUUGAUUCAAAUUGAGCCAAUUUUAUGGGAAGCCUUAUUUUGAUUUUUUUUUCUCUCGUCCCCGCAAAGUGAUGCCUGAACAACGGAAUAUGUGUCGCCGACAAGAGAAACCAAAGAAAGUGAGAAAAAAAAACCCUUUUCUUGCUGAAGUCUCACUGGCGGCUCAAGUUUCGACAUUUUUGCGUGACUAGGUGAUCCCUUGGCAGGGACUCAUGGAGAGUUUUGUCUUUGCAGUAUAAUUUUUUCUUUUUUCCUCCAAGCAUUCCAAAUGCACAUUUAUUUGCGUAUAUUUAUGCAAUGUUUAUGGUUUAUUUGAAAGUUAUGUGCUUUAUCUUGUUUUUUCAUACUGUAAUUCUGACCUAACGUUUGAGUGAUAGACUUUGGCAUGACGUGAACUGAGAUUGCAAAGUGCAAAGUCAGCCUUUUAUACAUCAUUUUUAUCUUCUGCCAUACACUGGAAAGUAGUGGUGUAUAUAAACUGAUGAUUUACGAUACUUAAGAUGGAUGCCAAAAGGAAAAUUACAAUUGCCUUUGUUUUUUUAAAUUAGUUAGCGGACAGAAUUUUCUAGCAAAAUAGUGAAGUUAAAUUUUGGGUCAAUAGAAAACAUUAUAUUCACUUGUUUUUCUGUCUGUAUUCAAACAUAAAUAAUAUUUAAAAAGAAAUAAUACAUAAAAACUGUGAAUAUAUUUAAAAAGUAAUUUCUCCCUUCAUUGCACUAUUUUUUGGGAUUUAAUCAAAGUGUUCAAAAUGAUCACUCUGCCACAAAUGCUAACAAACUAUUUUUUUCCAUGGCAGAAUAUUUGCAGUGCAGUUAUUGUCCGACUUUAAAAAAUAAAACUACAAUAAAUUGUGAGUAUAUGUAUAAAUUACCAAAGUACUCCAUGAAAUCCUUCAAUUUAUGGAGAAACAUAGUCUGCUGUAUAUUUGAAAAAAAAAAAAUCCAUCUCAUUAACAUUGAUAACAAUAUCAAUAUCGAUAUUAUCUGUAUUUGGAAGGAUGUGUCCAGUGCUCACCACUACUGGAAAGAACUUUUUUUUCUUAUGGAGAGCCAUAGUGAAAGCUGUAUUCAUGUAAAAAGAAAAAAAAAUGUCAGAUGACAUAAGAAGGAAUUUGUUGUGUAUAUUUUUCAAUGUUUGGCACACCCUGACAUCGAUGGAAGUGUCGUGGUAAAUUUUACCGAGCUUUGACGAUUUCACGCUCGGGUGUGUGUUUGUUGCGUUCGCCCGCUUGUCUCUCUUGUUUUGCCAAACUUGUGCGGCCUUCGCAUGUGCGAAUGUGUCGCUCUCGCACGCCGUGUCUCUAAUGUCCGAAAAAGAACAAACUCACAUUAUACGUGGGAUCAACUCGUGUCGAGUGUAUUUCCAUUUGAAAUGGAUCGAUUGAGGGUUUUUUUUUCCCAUUUUUGCCAAAUCACUGUAUUUUGCCAAAUGUUGUAUUUGAACUCUAGAUGUCAGCUAGUGUCAAAGAAAAAAAAUAAAGAGUGAAACAUU